UCCUUCGAAAGAAGCUGUAUUUCUAAGAAUCUCGCGUGUCAAUCGCUUGACGACCGCUUCCUCAAAGGUAGUUGCAAAGUCAACUGAAAAGUGUGUGAUUUUACGAGCAAAAGAUCAACAGAGGCAAUUGAAACAAAAACAAGUGAUAACAGAGUGCACCGAAGUAUAGUGAGGAUCAAUAAUAACAACUGGUCGUCGCGCACCCUGAUAAAAAAGUGGUGUGAUCCAGCUCAAAAGCCAGAGUGUGUGUGAGGAGUGUGCUCAGGAAGAGAGCCCGUAAGUGUUGGUUCGCGAGAAAUCGAAGAUCCUUCAAGAAUCUGAUCUGAAGCGCCGCAGGUUGCUGAGGAGUUCAGUCGUCUUCUGGACUUCCUAGUGAGAAGGUGUUCUAAAACUUGCUGAAUAGUACAGAAAGGAUCCUUCUAAGGACACCAACAAGUGUGUAGUUUCCCUUCGGCGUUAGCUGAACUAACGAUAGACUAGACGUCGCCCGGCACCACUUCGCACGCUAGCAAGAAGGACCAACCCAAUCGCACCGAUCACAGCGGACCAAGCCGCCAUUCCUUCCCGCGGAAAGCGUUCCAAGCAGAAGAAAACACGACGCAACAAAAGCGCAACGAUGCCAGCCCGAUUCGACGACGCCACUACUGACACCCGCCGUGGUGUCCCCAGGGACCUGGGGGGACAUCCCGAUGGUUUUCAGAUUCAGGAUGACAUCUGCAUCACAGGCUUCUCCGGCCGGCUGCCGGAAAGCUCCAGCAUCGAAGAGUUCAAGCGCAACCUGAUGGAGGGCGUGGACAUGGUCAACGACGAUGAUCGCCGGUGGCCCAAGGGCCUGUACGAACUGCCGACCAGGAUCGGCAAAAUCAAGGACGAAGAUCUGCAAAACCUGGACGCGGAGUUCUUCAAAAUUCACCAGAAGCAAGCGGAGUGUAUGGAUCCGCAGAUGAGGAUGCUGCUCGAGUGUACACACGAGGCGAUUAUUGAUGCAGGCAUCAACCCUCAGGAACUCCGCGGUAGCCGUACCGGCGUAUACAUCGGAUGCUCCAACUCGGAAACAGAACAGCACUGGUGUGCCGAUCCGGAUCUUGUGAACGGAUACGGUCUGAUCGGGUGCGCUCGUGCUAUGUUCGCCAACCGGCUGUCGUUCACCUUCGACUUCAAGGGACCCAGUUACGCGGUCGAUACGGCCUGUUCGAGUUCGUUGAUCGCCAUGUCGACGGCGUUCGCCGACAUGAAGGCCGGACACUGCGACGCAGCCAUCGUGGCUGGAUGCGGCCUUAUCCUGAAGCCCACCAUGUCGUUGCAGUUCAAGAGGCUGAAUAUGUUGGGAAAGGAGGGAAUGUGUAAGGUGUUCGACGAAUCCGGUAACGGUUACGUGCGAUCUGAUGGUUGCGUUGUCACUUUUCUGCAACGUGCUUCUGAUUCGCGCCGUAUCUACGCCAGUGUUCUAAACGUGCGAAUCAAUACCGAUGGUUACAAAGAACAGGGAAUCACCUUCCCGAACGGAGCCAUGCAGAAGCGUCUAAUUCAAGAAACAUACGGCGAGAUCAAUCUCAAUCCAGCUGACGUGGUGUACGUCGAGGCUCACGGUACCGGAACGAAAGUAGGAGAUCCUCAAGAGGUGAACAACAUUACGGAUUUCUUCUGCAAGGACCGGAAAACUCCACUGCUGAUCGGUUCGGUCAAGUCGAACAUGGGUCAUUCGGAACCUGCCUCCGGAGUGUGUUCCAUCGCUAAGAUGCUGAUAGCCAUGGAAUCUGGAAUUAUUCCCGGAAAUCUCCAUUACAAGAAUACCAACCCCGACCUGUAUGGUCUGAUCGACGGCAGCGUGAAGGUCGUUGAUCGCAACUUGCCUUGGAACGGUGGAAUCAUCGGUCUUAACUCGUUCGGAUUUGGAGGUGCUAACGCUCAUGUGAUUUUGAAAUCUUUCCCUAAACCAAAGCCUGUUAGCCCGAAAGAUGGUUUCCCUAAGCUGGUUCUUUCUUCCGGACGUACCGAAGAAGCUAUUGAAGCAUUGUUGGAUGCAGUUGAUACUAAUAAGAAUGAUGAGGAGUUCGUUGGCCUAUUGAACGAAAUUCAUAGCAAGAAUAUCCCGCUCCAUAAUUUCCGUGGAUACACGGUACUUGGCGAAGGACAAGCCAUACGAGAGGUCAACGAAGUGAAUGAUGACAAACGACCAAUCUGGUUCAUUUACUCGGGAAUGGGAUCCCAGUGGGCCAGUAUGGCAAGAGAAAUGAUGCAGGUGGAGGUGUUCAACAACAGUAUCCACCGAUGUGCUGAGGCUUUGCGUCCGGAGGGAAUCGACUUGAUCGAUGUCUUGACAAAGAGCGACGAAUCUCGAUUCGAUAAUAUCCUGAACUCGUUCAUUUCAAUUGCCGCUGUUCAAGUGGCAUUGACCGAUGUACUGAACCAUCUUGGCAUCACCCCAGACGGUAUGGUUGGACACUCUGUCGGUGAACUGGGAUGUGCCUAUGCCGAUGGGUGCUUCACUCCGGAACAAACGGUUUUGGCUGCGUACUGGCGAGGACGCAGCAUUUUGGACACGAAACUGAUCCCUGGUUUGAUGGCUGCGGUUGGGCUCUCUUGGGAACAGUGUAAGCAGCGUCUCCCGAAAGAUAUCAUUGCCGCUUGUCACAACAGCAGCGACAGUGUGACGAUUUCUGGACCUGCUGAUUCCAUCAACAAGUUUGUCGCCGAACUAAAUGCCGAAGACAUUUUCGCCAAGGCAGUCAAAUCUUCCGGCAUUGCCUUCCACAGCCGUUACAUUGCCGAUGCCGCCCCCAAGCUACGCAAAUCCUUGGACAAGAUUAUUCCAAACCCUAAAAACCGUUCACCUCGCUGGAUCAGUACCAGUAUUCCGGAGGAAGCCUGGAAUACCCCACUGGCGCAGCAGUCAUCUGCAGCCUACCACGUGAACAACCUGCUGUCGUCUGUUCUGUUUUCCGAGGGAUUGCAACAUGUGCCCAGCAAUGCGAUUUGCAUCGAAAUCGCUCCCCAUGGGUUGCUGCAGGCCAUUUUGAAGCGUGCCCUCGGAAAGGACGCUACCAACCUGAGUCUGAUGAAACGUGGUCACGAAAACAACGUGAACUUCCUUCUGUCCAACAUUGGAAAAUUGUAUGCUGCUGGAGCUCAACCGCAGGUUCAGAAGCUGUACCGUCCAAUCUCUUAUCCGGUUGGUCGCGGAACACCUAUGUUGAACUCACUCGUCAAAUGGGAUCAUUCGACCAAGUGGUACCUUGCCAAAUUUGGUGUUGAAAACAAAUCUGGUGAAACAGUUAUCGAUAUCAACUUGGAGAAACCGGAUGAUGCCUAUUUGGCCGGCCAUACAAUCGACGGGCGUGUCCUCUUCCCUGCAACCGGUUACAUGACACUGGCAUGGCGUACUUUUGCCAAAAUGCGCGGCUCGGACAUCGAGAAAACUCCAGUGGUCAUUGAGAACGCCGUAUUCCAUCGUGCAACAAUUCUACCGAAGGAUGGUUCCGUCAAGUUCGGUGUGAACUUCUUCGAUGGCAGCGGAGCCUUCGAGAUUUGCGAAGGUGGGUCAUUGGCCGUGUCGGGUAAGAUCAGUGUUCCCGAAAACAUCGAAAGCGAAGAGCUACCGCUGUAUCAGAUCGAUGAGGACAAAUCCGGUCUAUCUUUGAGCACCAGUGAUGCCUACAAAGAGCUGAGAUUGAGAGGAUACGACUAUGGUGGUAUAUUCCGUGGAGUCACUAAGGCUGAUGCUAGCCGAGUCACCGGUGAACUGCAAUGGAAGGACAAUUGGGUUAGCUUCAUGGAUACCAUGCUGCAGUUCAGCAUUCUGGGAAAGAACAUGAGAGAAUUGUAUCUCCCCACAAGAAUUGAAAAAAUAGUUAUCAACCCGGCCCGUCACCUGGACUUGAUGAACAAUCUCAAAUCGAAGAAUCUGGACGUUCCUGUAGCCGUUUACAGAAACAUUGAUGUGAUCAAGAGUGGAGGAGUGGAGAUGCGCGGAUUGAAGGCCACAUUAGCUCCGAAACGUUCAGGUUCUCAAGCUCCACCGACCCUUGAGAAGUAUGUCUUUGUUCCCAACCUUAACGAAAAGGAGUUAGCCGAGAGUAGUGGUGAAAAGUCAAAGUUCCGCUCAAUCUCAACGGCUGUUCAUUUGGCAAUUGAGAACAGCGCCGGCGCACUAAAGAUCAAGGUAGCGGAGGCAUGCUUCCAACGUGCACCAGAAAACACCAUUGCCGCUACCGUACAAGGCAUCAUUGAAGGAGAACCAACUUUGGUGAGCGACGUAGCCGUAGUGACCAAUUACCAACCAGAUGCCCUAACUCAACACUUCGGUGAUGGUGGAGUCCGCGUUGUCGCCAAGGACCCUACGGCAGGAGCCAUUGAGCAAGGUUGCCACAUCGUUAUUUCCUAUGAUAUACUUGGACGUCCUGAUGCUCAAGUUGUUCUUGGUAAUCUACGUGAUUCCAUCCGUGAUGACGGGUUCCUCUUCUUGGAAGAAUCUCGCACAAGUUUCGAAGCAACAAAGAAGGGAAAAGCGCUGUUCGAUGCACUAAAUUUGACAACUGUGACCUACCAAUAUUUCGAGAAGAAGGUGUUCGUGCUACUCCGUCCUACAAAUAAUUACGAACAACGAAAGAUCACCGUUAUAAAUGUUACCGAAAAGAACUUCACCUGGGUGGAAGCACUGAAGACCGCUCUGGCAAAGGCUGAGGAAACCAACACUUACGUGUAUCUUGUAUGCCAGGGUGAAGAGUUGUUCGGCGCUCAAGGUUUCAUCAAUUGUAUCAAGAACGAAGGCGGCGGUAAGUUCGCUCGUAUGAUCUUUAUCCAGGACAAGCGUGCGGAAAAGUUCUCCUUGACCGGCAAAUCCUACGUUGAACAGUUGAAGAAAGAUCUGAUUUGCAACGUGCUGAACUCGAAUGGCGUUUGGGGAAGCUUCCGUCACCUGAAGUUGGACAACCAGACCAACGGAACGUCGCUGCAGGUCGAGCAUGCUUAUGUGAAUGCCCUGACUAAGGGCGAUUUGGCGAGCUUGAAGUGGAUUGAAGGACCACUUUCCCGUGACAGACCAGACCCUAAGGACAAGAAGCAAGAGUUAUGUACCGUUUACUAUGCCCCAAUUAACUUCCGUGAUGUCAUGUUAAUGUCUGGAAAGCUAGGAGUUGAUGCUCUGCCAGGCGAUCUUCCCACACAGGAUUGCAUCUUGGGAUUGGAGUUCUCCGGACGUGACGCAUCAGGUCGUCGCAUCAUGGCCAUGGUUCCAGCCAAAUCGCUGGCUACGACCUGCGUGGCACACCGAAACAUGAUGUGGGAGAUUCCAGACAACUGGACCAUGGAACAAGCCUCAACGGUUCCAUGUGUCUAUUCCACAGUUUACUACGCAUUGGUGGUCCGCGGUCGCAUGAAGCGUGGUGAAUCUAUUCUGAUUCAUGCCGGAUCUGGUGGUGUUGGUCAAGCUGCCAUCUCGGUGGCUCUCUCUGCUGGAUUGACUGUCUUCACCACAGUCGGUAGCAAGGAAAAGCGUGACUUCUUGAAGCGUACCUUCCCGCAGUUACAAGAUCGCAAUAUCGGCAAUUCUCGAGACUGCUCUUUCGAGCAGUUGGUUAUGCGCGAGACAAAAGGACAGGGUGUAAAUUUGGUGCUGAACUCAUUGGCCGACGAGAAACUGCAGGCUUCUGUUAGAUGUUUGGGAUUAAAUGGACGCUUCUUGGAAAUCGGAAAAUUCGAUUUGAGCAACAACAGUCCACUGGGUAUGUCCGUGUUCCUGAAGAACACAUCCUUCCACGGAAUUUUGGUCGACAGCAUAAUGGACGGUGAUGAUGCUGUUCUGGCUGAAGUCGUGCAGUUAGUUUCGGAGGGUAUCAAGAGCGGUGCGGUUCGCCCUCUACCAACGAGUGUGUUCAGCGACCAACAAGUGGAACAGGCCUUCCGAUUCAUGGCUUCUGGUAAGCACAUCGGAAAGGUUGUGCUGAAGAUUCGCGACGAGGAGAAGGCCAAGGUUGUCGUUCCAUCGCCAAAACUGAUUUCGGCUAUCCCUCGUACUUACAUGCACAAGGAGAAGAGCUACAUCCUGAUUGGUGGCUUGGGAGGUUUUGGGCUGGAGCUGUCCAAUUGGUUGGUGUCUCGUGGAGCUACGAAGAUUGUUCUGACGUCGCGCAGUGGUGUCCGAACAGGCUACCAGACUCUGAUGAUCAAACGUUGGAGCGAACGUGGUGUUACGGUUUCGAUUGAUACUAACGAUGUGACCACUCUGAAGGGAGCACAGAAACUGCUUCAGGCCGCCAAUAAGCUGGGACCGGUCGGUGGUGUGUUCAAUCUGGCAGCAGUUCUCCGAGAUGGUCUACUGGAGAACUCAACUGAGGCUGACUUCAAGACUGUUUGUGUGCCUAAAGUUGACGGAACGAAGAAUUUGGAUCAAGCUACCCGUGAACUAUGCCCGGAUCUGGACUACUUCGUCUGCUUCUCAAGUGUUUCUUGUGGCCGAGGAAACAUUGGUCAGGUGAAUUACGGUCUAGCGAAUUCAGCUAUGGAGCGAAUUUGCGAAGCCCGUCAAGCGGUUGGAUUGCCUGGAACUGCCAUUCAAUGGGGUGCCAUUGGAGACACCGGGUUGGUGUUGGAAAAUUUGGGUGACAACGACACGGUUGUAGGUGGAACCCUACCUCAAAGAAUGCCAUCAUGUCUUCAGACAAUUGACUUCUUCAUGCAGCAACCUAGUCCGGUGUUGGCCUCCAUGGUUGUGGCUGAAAAACGUAAGGCGGAAACUGGAGGAGCUGGACUGGUUAGCUGCGUAGCCAACAUUCUUGGACUGAAGGACACCAAAAACGUAUCAGAUUCAGCCACACUUGCUGAUCUUGGAAUGGAUUCUUUGAUGGGUGCUGAGAUCAAACAAACACUUGAGCGAAACUUCGACACUGUUCUUAGUGCAGCUGAAAUUCGCAUGCUCUCAUUCGGCCGUCUUAAGGCAUUAGAGAGUGGUGGUGCCGAUGCAUCUGGAAGCCCUGCUCCCCCUGCAGCUGCUUCGCCCGAACCACAACAAGUUGAUCAAAAUGGACUGGGAGAUGGCACUCAAGUCAGAUUCAGCGCAGAUCUCAUGCCCACGCAGUGUCUUGUUCGAUUAGAUUCCAAGGCUCCGCCCUCGAGCAAGGAUCAUCCAGUGUUUAUGGUGCAUGCCAUUGAAGGUGUCAUCACGUCCCUAAUUCCACUUGCACAAACCCUCCCGGUUCCUGUCUACGGUCUCCAAUGUGUAGCGGAAGCCCCUCUAGAAUCUCUGGGAACUUUGGCUGCAUACUACAUCAAGCAAAUCCGAUCAGUGCAACCAAAGGGACCUUACACCAUCGUCGGUUACUCGUUUGGAGCCUCCAUUGCCUACGAGAUAGUGGCCCAGUUGGAAAAUGCCAAAGAAACCUGCAGCCUUCUUUUGUUGGACGGUUCGCCUCGAUACAUUACGGGCUACACGGACGCACAAAAACAGCGAUUCGAUAACGGAGAAGCCCUGCAGGCGGAGGACGAAGCCUAUGCGCUGGCAUUCUUCGCUAUGACCUGCGGAAAGCUGGACUACUCGAAAACAGCCCAAGAUCUGAUUGCCCCGAAAACAUGGGAAGCACGAUUGCAAAAGUGCGCAGAAAUGGUUCGCGUGCGAACACCACAAUACUCACAAAAACUGCUGGAAACGGCAGCCGCUUCGUUUGUACAUAAAAUUGUUGCUGGUCAUCUGUACAAACCCACUUCCAAAAUCAAUGCCCUGGUGAAACUGGUCAAGCCCACCGAAAAUUACGCCAAACUGCAAGGCGAUUAUGGUCUAUCGGAGCUUUGCACGAAGGACGUCAAGGUGACGACUGUGAAAGGCGACCAUCGAUCUAUCCUGGUGGGCGAUUCUAUGUUGCAAAUCUCCAGCAUUCUCCACGAGCUACUCUAAGGCCCUCAUCAUUCGGUGGGUUAGCGUAUCGUCGUCAUCAUCAUCAUCAUCAACAUCACAUCGCCUACAGAGACAGGAAGCACUGGCAUGGACAUUAGUGUACGAAACAUCGGAAUACUGUAAUAUGCAACAACCCCUUCCGGGUUCACUCCGUAGGACUAGAGUGAAAGUCAGAAGUUAUUCAUAAUUUAUUUUCGUUUUGUUGUGUAUAGUUCAAAUCUACUUCUCCGACUAUGCUAUUUAAACUAGUUUGGUUUUAAAACGGUCCGAUCCAAACAGAAAAAAAAUCUAUUGGCAAAUGUUAACGCAAGCGUGAUUUCUAAAAUAAGAAGGAUGCAGUUCAAAGGGCGCUAUUACUAGACAUCUGAUCCAGGUCCGUUUCAGGGGUAGUGAUAUUGUUCUUUGCUGUAGAUUCGAAGACACGGAGAUGUUCAAAACAUAACGUGUUUGAUUAUUAGUUGUUAUUUGUCUUCUUCAGCGGAACCAAAAAAAAAAUCAACAUGAACAUUUAGAAGAUCUUAUUCGGUUUAUCAAAUGGACUAAAAAAAUUAUGUUAGUUGCAUAGCAGAAAACAUUCCACUCCAAGAGUAGCUAUUUCUUAAAAAAACAAUACUUUAAUUAUAAAAAAGUAGCUUUUAGUGAGCAGAUGGAAUUUUAUUCCUUAAGAGUGUAAAAACGUACACAGAAAUGACAAAAAUAAAAUGGGAUAUAUUAA